GAUUUGAACGCUCAGCUGAACCAAACCUGGAUUCAUUUUUUAACACAUCGAGGAUUUUAACUGAAAAGCGUAGUUCGUAAUUGUAAGUAUUCUUGUAGUACUGGGCAGCUAUGACUAGCUUUGCUCUGCUUGUGAAUCUCAUAGUUUUGCCCAUUCACCUCUGGGCUGCAGUCACUCCAGAGACCACUUCAUUCCCCACAUCAACCAAUGGAGAACCAUUCCCAUGGAACAAAAUGAGACUUCCAGACACAGCAUCUCCUCUUCAUUACCAUCUCCUUAUCCACCCCAACCUCACAAGUUUAGACUUUACUGGAAUGGUGCAGAUCCAAAUUGAGGUCCACGAAAACACCAAGAAUAUCAUACUGCACAGCAAGGAUCUUCAUAUCUCCAAUGCAAGGUUGCUGGAUUCAGACAUAGGUCAGCUACAGGCCCUAAAGGUGCUGGAGUACCCAUACUUCCAGCAGAUUGCACUUAUAUCUGAGCAUGCACUGCUGAAGAGAGAGCAUGUAUAUUCAAUUCAACUGGAGUUUGCCGCCAGCCUCUCUGAGAGCUUUCAUGGAUUUUACAAAAGCACAUAUCGGACCAGCAAGGGAGACCUCAGGGUUGUGGCUUCCACACAGUUUGAGCCGACUAGUGCCCGGGCAGCUUUUCCCUGUUUUGAUGAACCUGCCUUCAAAGCCAACUUUUCCAUGCGGAUUCGCAGAGAAGCAAAGCAUAUUGCCCUCUCAAACAUGCCUAAGCUGAGAACAUUAGAGCUGCCAGGCGGCCUGUUUGAGGACCAGUUUGAUGUGAGUGUUAAGAUAGUGGCCUUCAUUGUCUCUGACUUUCUGUCCAUCAGCAAAACGAGUCAGCAUGGAGUCCAGAUUUCAGUGUAUGCUGUGCCAGAGAAGAUCGACCAGGCAGAGUUUGCUCUGGACGCUGCAGUGAAACUGCUUGACUUCUAUGAUGACUACUUUGACAUUCCUUACCCUCUACCUAAACAGGAUCUUGCUGCCAACCCAGACUUUCAGUCUGGAGCGAUGGAGAAUUGGGGUCUGACCACCUACCGGGAAUCAGGCCUUCUUUUUGACCCCCACAAGUCUUCUGCUUCUGACAAGCUGGGCAUCACGAUGAUCAUCGCCCAUGAACUGGCCCAUCAGUGGUUUGGAAACCUGGUGACCAUGCAGUGGUGGAAUGAUCUGUGGCUGAACGAAGGUUUUGCCAAGUUCAUGGAGUUUGUGUCUGUCAACAUCACCAAUCCUGAACUGCAAGUUGAGGAUUAUUUCCUAGAGAAGUGUUUUGAGGCCAUGGAGGUAGACUCCUUGAGCUCCUCUCACCCAGUGUCCACACCGGUGGAGAAUCCUGCUCAGAUACAGGAAAUGUUUGAUGAUGUUUCCUAUGACAAGGGGGCUUGUAUUCUGAACAUGCUGAGAGAGUUUCUGACCCCAGAUGCGUUUAAACUGGGCAUUGUGAGAUACCUAAAACGCUACAGUUACCAGAAUACGGUCAAUAGUAACCUGUGGGAAAGUCUGACCAAUGUGUGUGACUCUGAUGGUCUGGAUGAAGGAAGACUGAAGGGUGAUGAGUCCUGCCGGCGCUCAGUCUCACACUCUGGAGCUUCUAAAUGGCACUCUGAGGACGAGCUGGAUGUUAAGGCUAUGAUGGAGACGUGGACAUUGCAGGAGGGCUUUCCACUCAUUACGGUGGAGGUCAAAGGUCGCGAAGUCCGACUAAGUCAAGAGCGUUACCUAAAGAGUGAUGACCCCUCACAAACAUCCAGCUUCCUGUGGCACGUUCCUUUGACUUACAUUACCAGCGGCUCAGCCACAGUGCACCGCUUCCUGCUUAAGACCAAAACAGAUGCUCUGCAUCUGCCGGAGGAGGUGGACUGGAUCAAGUUUAAUGUGGACAUGAGUGGAUAUUACAUUGUGCACUAUGAGGGUUCUGGCUGGGAUGACCUCAUCACGCUGCUCAAACACAAUCACACAGUGCUCAGCAGCAAUGACCGGGCCAGCCUCAUCAGCAACGCCUUCCAGCUGGUCAGUGUUGGUAAGCUUCCGCUGGAUAAGGCUUUAGACCUGACCCUGUACCUAAGCAAGGAAACUGAGAUUAUGCCAGUGACACAGGGCUUCAGUGAGCUUGUGCCUCUGUACAAACUGAUGGAGAAGAGAGACAUGGUGGAGCUGGAGAACCAGAUGAAGGGCUACAUACUGCAGCUGUUCAGGAAGCUCAUAGACCAGCAGUCGUGGACUGAUGAUGGCUCUGUGUCUCAGAGGAUGCUGCGCAGCUACCUGCUCCUGUUCGGCUGUGUGCGGGGUCAUCCUCCCUGUGUCAGCACGGCUACCCAGCUCUUCAACCGGUGGAGGGACUCAGAUGGGAAUAUGAGUCUUCCUAAUGAUGUUACUAUGGCUGUGUUUUCUGUCGGUGCCCGGACUGAGGAUGGCUGGGAAUUCCUGUUUGAGAAGUACAAGGAAUCCAUGUACGUCUCCAUGAAGAGCAGGAUAAAGAUGGCCCUCACAACCAGCCCUCUCGAUCACAAGCUAAAAUGGAUGAUGGAGCAGAGUCUGGUGGGAGAGGUGAUGAAGACUCAGGAUCUGCCAUAUGUUGUGACUUCAGUCAGUAAAAAUCCAAAGGCCUACAAACACGCAUGGGACUUUUUAAAAGCUAACUGGGACUCCCUGAUUAAGAAGUUUGAUCUUGGCUCACCCUCUAUAGCGCACAUGGUAGUGGGAGUGACCAACCAGUAUUCCACCAGAGAAAUGCUAGCUGAGAUUCGUAGUUUCUUCAGUUCCUUGCGGGCUGAGACCGGAGCAGAAUUGAGAUGUAUUCAGCAAGCCCUGGAGAACAUUGAAGAGAACAUUCGCUGGAUGGACAAGAACCUCCCACUACUGAAGGCCUGGCUGCACAGACACUAUGACCAGCAGAAAAAUACAGAGCUGUGAAGCACUUAAACUGUGAAUGUCAGAGUCAUAGAUGUAUACAUUUUAUAAUGCAUUUUAAUAUAAUGCAAGAGUUUUGAUAAGAACUUUGGUGUGCUAAAGUGUGUGAAAACUGAUUCUGAAUUUGUGAAUAUGGGGUGAAUAUUUUUGAAGAGCUGUGCCAUUGCUUGUAAAGGUCAAAUUUAAGAAUCUCAUCCG